GACUCCUUUCUCCCCAAAACGCAGAUUUUGAAUUUCAUAAAGCGAAAGCCGAAAGAAAACCAGACUACAAAAGCUUCCGUUCUUCUAAUUUUCGGGUUUGUGGACCGAUUCGCUCCGAUAACUUUGUCAUUCGGAUUGUGGAACCGCAAUUGGCUGUUUGAAUCUUCUCAAGAAAAUAAACUAUUUAACAAGUGCUUUUGGUGUUGCUUAAACACUUUUUGGAGAAUUCCUUUUCGUCAUUGUGUGUAUAAAUUUGGUGAAUAAUGAUGCCAUUAUACAGAUACAUGGAUUCAAACCCCUACCAAAGAAACCAAACUUUCUCUUUCCCUCAGUAUCAUAAUCCGGGUUUCGGGUCCAAUCCGUCCAUGGUGUGGGAGCCUUGGCCCUAUGGCGGAAACUAUGGCUACCCAAUGCCUUGCCAUUCUUGCUGUAACCAUAAUCUCAGACCCUCUUAUCCUCAUCCUUCAAUGCCAUCACCGCAACACUUUUAUGGGGGUUAUCCUGUUCCGCAUCCCCAGGCCUACCCUGUUCCCUAUGUGCCGCCACCUCCUCAUUAUUCCAUGGAGAUUCCUAAAUAUGAGUAUGAUAAGAUGGUGCCUCGAAAUUAUCACUGCUGUGGGUGUCCUAAUCAUGUUUGCCAGCAGAAUAUAGAUAAGGGUGGGAAGAUUGAAGAACAAGGAUCGGAUGUUGUUGACAAGAAGGCAGAUUUGGUUCCGGUUCAUAUGAACAACAACCAUUAUCCAACUUUGUGGUUUCCACCGGUUUCCAUGAAUGGUAGAGAGCAAAGCAAGGUUUCUGAACCGGAGGCCGUAGAGGAAACAAAAAUUCCAACUGAUUCUAAGCCUCCAGAGGGUGUGAAGUCUCAGGGAGAUCAAAGGCAUAUUUGGUUCCCUUUUGAUCUGAAUGACAUUGGGGCUUCGAUGCAAGGAGGAAAUAGAGAGCCACGUCAAGAACAGCAGGUGGAGGAUAAAAAGAAGGAAUCCCCGUUUCCAAUUUUCUGGAUGCCACCUUAUCAGGAGGCUGGAAAGAAGGACAAGGAUGUGAAUGCUUCUCGUGAUCACAAGACCGAGGAUGAAAAGAAGCAAAUCCCAUUUCCAUUCUUCUUGUUUCCUUUCGGAAACAAGCAGGAGGAAGUUCGAAAGGAGGGCAACAGGGAGGUGAAUUCUGCACCGAAGGUUGUUCCAAUGAACAGUACUGAGGGUGGUGUCACAAAGGAGGCUGGUACAAAUGAAGAGAAACCUGCUGGUCAGGGUGCUGAGGAGAGGAAGGAAAACACUACUAACGUGAAAAGCAUAGUUGUGAAGCAAAUGGAUCCACAUAAGGAGGAAAAGAACUCUGAAGACGAGGAGAGAAGAGAAAGGAGUGUCCCUGUGAAACAAGUGGAAGAGAAUGUGGGGAACAAACCUUCUGGUACGAGUGUUAAGAGACAGUCCUCUUCCCCUAAAAAGUCAUCUGAGCUACCUCCCGUCUGUCUGAGAGUUGAUCCAUUGCCGAGGAAGAAGAAGGCCAAUGGCAGUUCACGGUCUCCUAGUCCUCCUGCUCAAAAAGGACACAAAAAAGAAGUUGAGCCAUCCAUAAAGGAGAAGGCUACAGAGGUUGUGGAUACGACAAUCAGUGAGAACAAAGAUCUGAUGCAUACAUCCAAGAUUCCUACUAAUUCUAAAGGGGAUGUUUCUAGGAAUCCAACCGUUCAGGAAUCUGAGAAGGAUGGAGAUAGAUGUCAGACCAACGAGGAUGAAGAAGCACAAAAGGUUGCAGAAGCAAAAUCUGAGGAGACUAAUAAGCCAACGGAGGCAACCAAAUCAGUUACUGAUGGAAAACUUGAGAGGACAUUGUCAGAUAUAGAGGCAGCUGUGCUUAUUCAAUCUGCCUUUCGUGGGUUUGAGGUCAGGAGGUGGGAACCAUUGAAGAAAUUAAAGCAAAUAGCUGACAUUCGUGAGCAGGUUGCUGAUAUUCGUAAUCGUAUCUCCACUUUGGCGGCUUCUGAUCUCCAGAAAGAUGACAAGCAGAGAGUAAUAAUUGGGGAGACAAUCAUGAGACUCCUCCUCAAGUUGGAUACCAUUCAGGGUUUGCUUCCAAGCCUCAGAGACGUUAGAAGAUCCUUGGCAAGGGAGCUCGUAGUUCUGCAGGAAAAACUCGAUGAGUUUAACACUAAGAAGUCUCAAAAUCCGACACAGGAGGCAUCCACUGUUGAGCAUAUGGAAGAGCUCGGUGAGAACACCAACAACGGUAACUGCAUGCUAGAGCAGCAAAGAGAGGAUGUGACUGGACUUGGUGAAGGAUUGCCUGAUGGUGUCAGUGAUAGCAGUCAUAAUGGUACAGACCAUUGUCAAGGGGAAGUGCUUCAGAAUUUUGAACCUGAGCCCGGUUUGAGAGCCGAGGAACCAGGCCAUUGUAAUCAUAGAGAGCUGCACGCCCCAGCGGAGGAUGGUGAUCAAGAGCAACAGGUGGAAAGUUGCUUAAAGUCUGAAGAUAAUGGUUCUGCGCCCAUUGUGGAAACAAAAGAUGAUGUGGUUGGUGAACAGUCUAAUGGAGAUAUGGCGGUGGGAGAUGCAGAAAUGAAGAAUGGUUUUACUCGGCCUGGGCAAUGCAGUGAAGCAUCAUCUCUUGUAGAAGGAAACCAUACUCUGACAGGAAACUCUUCCGAAGCUGUUAAUAUAAACGUAGAGACAAGAGAGCCUGGAGAGUUGCCUCGAGGAGUAACUGAUGACGAACCUGCCAUUUUGGAGCCUGGAAAGGAUGAACAAGUGGAAGUGUUGUCGAAUGUGACUCCACCAAAUGCUUGUUCCUGUGUGAUGGAAAAGGACUUAGAGAUGCAAGAGCUAGCAGAACUGUCACGGGGCAUGAUUGAUGAGCACAAUGCACUUACCGAAUCUACCAUUUUGGAGCCUGGCAUGAUUGAUGAGCACAAUGCACUUAACAAAUCUACCAUUUUGGAGCCUGAAAUCGUUGAACAAGUAGAACUGUCGCCAGAUGUGCCUUCAUCAAAUGCUUGUGCUUAUGUGACAGAAAAGGAAGCAGAGAUGCAAGAGCUAGCAGAACUGCCACCGGGCAUGACUGAUGAGCACAAUGCACUUAAUGAGUCCAGGGAAAUUGAAGAAGUCGGAGUAGUGAAGGAAGAUGAUUCCCUACAAAGUGGAGGAGAACAUCAUGUGGCAUUUGAUGUAACUUCACAACCAGAUGGAACUUCAAAUACGGAUCAAUUAGAGCAACGAAGAGAGGGAGCAGUGGAGGAGCAACCUAUUGUCCGUUUAGAGCAGCAGGUGAUUGGAUCUCAAGAGGAUGAAGGACGCCCUUCAGAUUCAGUGCUUGAUUUAGAGGUAGAGCUCCAGCCACAAGAACAAGUCCUCAAAGAUGAUCAUCUUCCACUGGCCUUUGAGUCGAUUGAAACCCAAGCACUGAGCUUACCUGUUCAGACCGAAGCUCAUGAUGUUGUGCAUGAAGAUGGACCCUUGGACAUAAUUCAUGAUCAUCAUUCGGGCCAGCCUAUCGAGGAUGAAGUGCCAAUUGAGAGAAGUACAAAGGACUCUGAGCACCUGCGAGCAGAAACAGUUAUAGAGGAUAUAAAGAUGCAGGAAAGCAACCUCGAAUGUGAGGACAAGAAGAAUGCACUGCCAAAUGUUGCUGAAACUGUCGCGGAGGACAUCUUCAGUGAGACACAGUCCACUCCCGUGCAGAAGAGUGAAUCAUUGCCUGAGAAACAAGUUGCGAUGGAGGCAUCCUCCAUUGAUGGGGAUGUCACGGAAUUCGAAAGUGGUAGAAUGUUGAUUGAAGAGAACGAGAAACUAAGGGCAAUGAUGCAGAAGUUCAUGGAAGCCGGAAACGAACAGCUACAAGCUAUAUCGAACCUGACUGGCAGAGUGAAAGACCUGGAGAAAAAGUUGGCUAGGAAGAAGAAAGUAAGGGGUAGACGGUUACCUUCUCGUGCCAGACCAUCAAACAAUCGUUCCAAGGACAAGGAUGCUGGUGUCGCAAUUUGAAAAGUUCAUUUCAUAUCUCAAUUGAAUGAAUGUAAGCAGUUGUAAUGUGGGGUUUGAUUUGAGUAUAUGUGUAUCUAUAAUGUGUAAAUUUGUAUUUACUUUUUUUCAAUUUUACAGAAAAAUAAAGGACUGUUACGGUAUA